AUGAUCGCAAAACAUUUGAGCGGCUCUCUGCGCUGGCUUUCUCACCUGUACUACUGCCUAGCACAAGGUCAUCCCAUUGUCUGUCCUCAUUCUCGUGCUAAGAUCGGUCAUGGAUCUGUAUUUCGCAUUCAGGAACGCCUUUUGUUUCCGCAGUCAGCCGGCUCUCAAAUCAUCCGCGAACCUGGACUUAAAGAGGUCCAGGAACUCACGAAGACUUCGGAGGGUAGCCUACCUAUCAGGGGCUGUAGUGACGGAGUUGCAGAGUAUAAUGGUGUCAUUUUGCGACACUCAUAUGCACAUGUGCUGGGCAACGAAACAAAUUUUGGUCUCAGCAAAGUCUUUAGCACUACAGGCUUAGGCCUGGGCUUGAAUUUAGAAAAGCCUAAGCCGGCGGCCCAAGCCGCGGCUUUGGUACAUAGAGUAUAUGACACCUUGUCACGUCAGUGGUCACGCCCCACAAAACUCGUAAAGGCGCAGCAGGAUCUAACAGUAUCUUGGUCAGAACUGAGACGCUCGGGUGGCUGGAUGCUGCCUUUUAUACGAUUUCGGCCCCAACGUCACAUCUCUCGUCCCUGCGCCUCUUUUCCCUUGCGCUCGGACGAUCUAUUCACCAUGUCGUUCCUCGCCUUCGGUCUCAUCGGCAACGUUCGACUCGGAGGGUUUGGACGUCGACAGCGAUUCCUCUCAACUUCAACUACAUAUGCACGUCUGAUCUCCUUUCGUCCUGGGAUGAGCGACGCUCGACGGAGACUUCAAUGGGCGUCAUCUCGCGUCACCACAUUGCAAGAAGUCGUCGCGUAUUCAUUAUUUGGUAUCUUCAGUGUCCAUGUCCACCUACAGACAUCACCAUCCUCGACUGGGUCGGACAACCUUCCGAGUUCAACAGCUGUCUUCCGGCCUAUAUCACUUCUUACGCCACUCCUCCACACACCCUUCCAUCCCUGUCCGAACGUUCUCCUCCUUGUCU